AUGUUGGGUACACGGUCGGGCCAAUUUGCGGGCAAAGUUAUUGUGUCCAUGCAACUCCAGUCCACACCCGACACAAUAAUUUGCCUGUACCUGAUCAAUAAUUUUCAUCGCACUGAUAUCGGCAGCAUUACGUUUGUCAUUCACGGCUUGGCAUUCUUUAUAUUAGUGCCAAUAGUUGGAAAGGCCAACGACUGGCUAAUUGGACGCUACGGAGAGCAGGUACACUAUUAUACCAUGGCUUCCGGCUCAAUAAUCACUACCUUGACCAUUUUGGCGAUGGCGCUGGCCAGCACAUAUGCAGGGAUGAUGGCUGGAUAUGUUAUUUUUGGUUUGGCCCGUUUGACCAUGCUAAUUCCCGCAAAAAGCGUCUACGGAGACCUGGUCAACUACGCAAAGGUGAAUUUAAUGGCAUAA